AUGGACGGAUAUACAAUGCCUCCCAACGGACAGCCACAAUUCGCAUACUACCCUGCCGAGUCACAACCGAGACAACAAUACGCCGGCCAUCCCUCUGAAAUGCAAUACUAUGGCCAGGUUUCGCCGUUCCCACAUGCUCAGCAACAGCCUCCACAGCAGCACUGUGUGCCCGAGCAGCAGCCCAUCUACUCUGCUCCUGCAGUCCUGAACAUGCAUCAAAUGGCCACCACAAACGCCUUCCGCGGCGCCAUGAACAUGACUACCAUCGCUUCCCCACAGCCAUCAAACUUCAAGUCAUCUCUCGCUGUGCAAGGCUCGCCUGCUUUGAUGCCCAUCGACACUAGGUUCGUCGGCAACGAAUACUACGCAUUCCCCUCAACACCACCGCUUUCGGCCGCUGGCAGCUCUGUGAGCAGCCCGCCUUCUUCCAAUGGUAACCUCCACACCCCCAUCGAUAGCUUCUUCACCUUGGAGAAGGUAGAGGGUGUGAAGGAGGGAUGCGAGGGUGAAGUCCACACUGAGAUCUUAGCAAACGUUGACUGGCAACGCUCGGCUUCGCCUGCCAUGACUCCAGUAUUCAUCCACAACCCUUCCAUAUCUAGUCAUGGCUCGGAACUGCUAUCUGCUAACAGCUCUUGCCCGUCCCUUUCUCCAUCGCCUUCUCCCGUCUCCUCUAUGUUUGGACAGUCCCAAUCACCGCUCCAGCUUGAGCACUCCACUUCUUUCUGUGACCCUCGGGAACUUACCGUGGAGUCGGCACACAGCGCGCCUACUGAGCUGCCACCCCUACCUUCUCUGUCUUGCGAUGACGAGGAGCCCAAGGUGGUUCUCGGUAGCGAGGCUGUCACUCUGCCGGUCCAUGAGAACCCCGCUCCUUCUUUCACAUCCUCUAACGAGGACCCGCUUAAUAGCCUGCCAACGUUCGACAGUUUCUCUGACCUCGACUCAGAUGACGAGUUUGUGAACCGCCUGGUUGACUUCCACCCCAGCGGAAGCACCUUCUACCUUGGUGGCAAGAGGCAGCGCCUUGGAACCUACUCCCUGGAUGAGGACGAGUUCCUCAGCGAGCACGGCCUGGAGGAUAAUGAGGAGUUGGAAGUGUCUCUUUCUGGUCUCCCAGCCAUUCCCACCGAAACUGGUGAGACUUCAGAAGAGAUGGCAUCCAAGAAGCGCUGCAACCGCAAGUCGCUCAAGAAGGCCUCGACUGAAGACGACACCGAUGCCUUUGUUGGUAUGCAGGCUCAGAUGCCUGUCAACGACAAUGCGAUUGAGCCUAUGCCCACGCACGACCAUGCAGACUGCCAGACCCGCCAGCACUCUGUCGUGAGCUCUUCGGGCUCUGAGACUGCCUCUGCACCUGUCUCUGUCAACCGCCGUGGCCGCAAGCAGUCGUUGACCGAGGACCCUUCCAAGACCUUUGUCUGCACCCUUUGCUCCCGCCGUUUCCGCCGCCAGGAGCACCUCAAGCGCCACUACCGUUCUCUCCACACGCAGGACAAGCCAUUCGAGUGCGGUGAAUGUGGGAAGAAGUUCUCCCGUAGCGACAACCUCGCGCAACACGCCAGAACUCACGCUGCCACAUCCGUCGUUAUGGGUGUUAUUGAUAACAGCAAUGGUGCCCAAGCGUACGAAGAGCGGGAUCCGUCGACGAUGGGUCCUGUUCUGUACGAAAAUGCCGCCAAGUCGACUACCAGUGACUCGGAUGAUGGCGAGACACCGUCUGGCGAUCGACGCUCGUUGAAGAAGCGCAAGCGAGAGGAGAGCAAUGCGUGA